AUGUUCACAUACAGCUUUGCCAUCGUCAUUGUCGCAUUUGUAGUCUGUGCUUAUGGACAUGAUUGUACAAAAUACAGUCUGACGCCAUCAGACCAGUCUCUUAUUGAUAUGAUGAAGCAUUACUUGCACACCUCAAGGAAAGCGGAUUGUCCUUUGACACCACCACACCAGGGACAGGCAGGAGGUAACUAUUAUAGUAACAAAGGAGGAGGUUCGAACUACCUCUGUUUACCCAGUGAUCCAGAAAAUGGCAAAGCUUACUCCUAUGCAAAUGAUGAACUAUAUGGUGCCGAGUAUGAGUUAAGUUCUAAAUCUAAACCAUCUGUUUUACCUGCUACUUUUCUCAAUAAAGAGGUCCCGUGUGCUGUAUGCAGACGAAAGCAAAAAACUUCUGUUUUAAUGAUUUCAGGAAGGAAGUCCUGUUACAAAGGAUGGAAAUCUGAAUAUAGUGGUUUCUUGAUGAGUGAAAAUAUAGGACAUAACAAUAAAGACUAUAUCUGUAUGGACGGAGAUUCAGAACCAUUGGACAAUCGAUCUUCAAACGAAGGAGGUGCUUUGUUAUACCCUGUCAGAGCGAAAUGUGGUAGUCUGAGAUGUCCCCCAUACAAAGAUAAUACAGAAGUGCUUUGUACCGUCUGUACAAAAUAA